GGGACUACCCUUGUUAAUAUGAUUGUAUGAUCUCAUAUAUUUUGAUCAUUUCAAAUUUCUAAUUAAUUUCUAAGCUCCCUAUAAUAACUCCUUCUCCUUCCUUAUCUUCUCUUUCCAUUUCAUCACCAUAAUGGGUUCUGAAGGGGAAUUCACAGAAAACGAGAAGCCAACGCAAACGGACCAACCCGAUAACCAACUUCACUGUGAUAUUGAUUCACCCGAAAAUCGCGCUAACAGUUAUGAAGCCGUUACUAACAAACCAGUUAGUUACGGGGUUGGAAUUCAUGCUGAUUGCGAUGUCAAACCAGUAAUCGUUCAGCCCCAUUUACUUCUCCCGAUUCCGGUGCCACCGGAGUUUUUCAGAGCCACCAUAAUCUCCGACGCUCCGCCAACCUUCUCCGCCGCCGCCACCAUGCCGUCCAUCGGAAGCUACCUGCGCCAGCGGAGCAACGACUUGUCAGCAGCGAUCACAAAGCGAGUCUCAUCCUUCCGGCAGGAGGAGGAUGACGAGGCGAAGAAGAAAGAGCCGGAAGUGACGGAGUUUAGCCUCGCCGGCGUCAAGGUCGUGGUGCAGGUGAAACCGGAGGAGGAGGAACCUACGGUGAAAGGGCGGAUCAGCUUCUUCUCGAGGUCCGGUUGCCGGGACUGCACGGCGGUGCGGAGAUUCUUCAGGGAGAAACGACUCAAGUUCGUGGAGAUCAACGUCGACGUGUACAGAGAGAGGGAGAAGGAGCUGCGAGAGAGAACAGGAAGCGCUACGGUGCCGCAGAUUUUCUUCAACGAGAAGCUGAUUGGAGGUUUGGUGGAGCUGAACACUUUACGAAACAACGGCGAGUUUGAACAGAAGGUGGCGGAGCUGGUGGCGGAGAAUCUCCCCGGCGAUGACGCACCAGCGCCGCCGGUGUACGGGUAUGAUGCUCCGGAGGAGGUUCGGACGGACGAGAUGGCGGGGAUCGUUGGAAUUUUGCGGCAGAGAUUGGUUGUUCAGGAUCGGUGGAAGAAGAUGAAGGUUGUUAAGAACUGCUUCGAUGGGAAUGAGAUGGUGGCGGUUGUGGUUCAGCAUCUCAAUUGCGCGCGUAACGAGGCAAUCGAGAUUGGAAGACGGUUAUCCAGGAAGCACUUCAUCCAUCAUGUUUUCGGGGAAAAUGAUUUUGAGGAGGGAAAUCACUUAUAUCGUUUCCUUGAGCAAGAACCAUUUAUCCCCAGAUGCUAUAAUUUUUGCGGCGCCACAAAAGAUUCUGAGCCAAAGCCUGUAGCUGAAAUUUGUGAAAGGCUUACCAAGAUCAUGUCUGCCAUCCUUGAGUCUUAUGCUUCUGAUGAUAGGCAACAUGUUGACUAUGAAGCCAUUAGCAAAAGCGAAGAAUUUCGUAGGUAUGUUAAUCUGACCCAGGAUCUGCAGCGAGUGAAUCUCUUGGAACUAUCAGAAAAUGACAAGCUUGCGUUCUUCUUAAAUUUGUACAAUGCCAUGGUCAUCCAUGCUGUCAUCAGGGUAGGGUGCCCAGAAAGUUUGAUUGAUAGGAGAUCAUUCUUCAAUGAUUUCCUGUAUUUGGUUGGAGGACAUCCUUAUUCCCUCACUGAUAUUAAAAAUGGUGUCCUCAGAUGCAAUCGGAGGACACCGUAUUCCUUGCUGAAGCCCUUUAGUGCAGGAGACAGGCGGUUAGAGGUUGCUCUUGUCAAGCUUAAUCCGUUAUUUCACUUUGGACUUUGUAAUGGUACAAAAUCCAGCCCAAAUGUGAGGUUCUUCUCUUCUGAUAGAGUUGUUGAUGAAUUAAGAGGUGCUGCAAGAGAAUUCUUUGAGAAAGAUGGUUUUGAAGUGGACCUAGAGAAGAGAACGGUUUAUCUCACUCGAAUUUUCAACUUGUUCAGUGGAGAUUUUGGAACUGAGAAAGACAUCUUAAAGUGGAUAAUUAAUUACUCGGAUCCAAAUAAAGCUGGUCUGUUGACACAUCUCUUAGGUGAUGGUGGACCUGUUAAUAUAUCGUACCAAAAUUUUGAUUGGUCGAUAAAUUCUUGAGAUUGUAAACCAAAUUGGUUUGGUUGUGUCCCAAAUUCUUGCAUCUAGUUCCAGCCAAGGGAGAGAAUUUUGAUAGGAGAUCAAAGUGGAUAGUUCAUAAUGUGUUGCAAACCAAGUUUGUAGACCAUUGUUGCGCAGAAACUCUAGAUCACACAAUUUAAAUUAAGAUUUUUAUUUUCAAAAGAAGAGGUUGUGGGUAUUGAUAAUACAAAUUCUUAGGUAGGAAGUAGGAACAGAUUCCAUAUAAAAUUGACUAUGAUGAUAUUGUAAACUGCUUCAGAGUUCGAGUCUCAUGCUACCCUUUUGUUAAUUCGUCAACUGCUAAAGUUUAUACAAGCUUGAAAUUGUCACUGAA